AUGUCCGUCUUCACGGACGGCAGCAACCACAGCUCUCUGGGUGGCUUCAACCGCAGGUUGUCAACUGGACCGAAGCCGAGCCUGAGCAUCCACGUCGACAACCACUAUCAAGCCAAAGUCUACACGACGUCGUCGUCCGUCUCUGGCCGCAUCAAAAUCAACACAUCGAGGGAUGUUCGAUUCGACCAUGUCGAGAUCCUCUUUUUGGGCGUCAGCAAAACCGUCGUGGAAACCAGCUUUUCGCCACAUGCAAUCAACCACACAUUCCUGAGGCUUUCCAUGCCACUCUCACAACUGGAGGAUUCCUUCCCCGUGCCUCGAGUGUUCGAAGCAGGCCGCACUUACACCGCCCCAUUCCACUUUGUCGUUCCUCAACAUCUCACCAUGAGCGCUUGCAGGCAUGGCCUUGAGUCAGGUCCCGUCCACCAGGACCAUCUGUGUCUCCCACCAACCAUGGGUCGCUGGGAAGGAAAAGACGAUUUAUCGCCAGAAAUGUCACAUGUCGAGUACAACAUUAAAGCGCGGGUGUAUCGGGACGAAGAAGUGAGUGGGAAGCGGAUCAAGGUCAUGGAGGCGGCGCAGGAGAUCAAUGUGCUCCCUGCGUUUUCAGAACGAGCACCCUUGAACGUCACCAAGAAUGACAAACUCUACAGUAUGAGCAAGAGCAAGAUGUUGAGGAAGUCGCUCUUGACUUCAAAACUGGGAGUUAUGACGCUAUCGGCGACCCAACCCCGCGCAGUCAUGAUGAAGACAGACGGCCGCUCCGCCUCGAGCACAGAUGCCAUGCUGGACCUGAAGUUCGAGCCUGCAUCGAGCAAUUCGGUGCCGCCCAAGGUCACGGGAAUCUCGGCCAAGAUCACCACGGUCACAUACUUCAGCUCAGCUGGCAUCAAGGUCGCGCCCAACCUUGGAGACUGGAACCGGUCAUUCGACAGUAAUGGGCCCGGCUCCUAUUCCAACACGAUGUCCAUCUCCUCAGCUGAAGCUACCAAUAACAAAGUCACAUGGCAGCAGAAACUCUCCCCGCAGGCAAGACGGGACUCGGGCUACGCAACCGACGAGAACUCCGACAACUCAAGGAGCAGCAGCGACGGAGGGGAUCGUCGGAGAGGCAGCAAGGCAUCGAACAAAUACAAGAGCGCACCCUUUUACUACGCCGCCAACCUGCAAGUCCCCAUCAAAUUGCCCACGAGCAAGAAGAUGUUCAUCCCAUCCUUCCACUCGUGCAUCACGUCGCGGGCCUACGCCCUGCAGGUGACGGUCUCGCUAUCCGCCGGGGGAAUGAGCUCGAGUCUGUCUGUUUCAGUACCACUGCAAGUCGGCGUUGAUACCACCGAGGCCGACGUCGAUAGCACGGGUCUGCCGACCUUCGAGGCCGCCGUGGGUUUGGUGGACGUGGAUGAGCCUUUGGGACCGCGGUCGAUGUUCCCGCCGAGGAUGGAAUUUGAAAGGCAUCAACUUCCGGGGUAUUCGGAUGGGUUGGUGGCUGUAAGGUCAUAG